GUCUGAGGCAGCGUCAACAGCCCUGCUCAAACCAAGGGCUUUCUGCUUUUUGCCUCCCUGACGGCAAAGCCCAGUAGCUGGAUGGAGAAGGAAGUGGGACUGGUUUGACAAAAUUUGACUGUGACAAAUUGGUGCUGGCUGUUCCCUUCUGCCCUCGCUGCCCCCAGUGCUGGCCCUGACUGCAGGGCAAGGAGAAGCCAACCCACCCUUGGCGUGGUGGGGACGCGUGUGCAAGCAGCUCCUCAUUCCCUGCCUGGUGCUCCCUGGGCUGUGCCGCAGGGUUGUACCCUGGCAAGGUGAGACACCCCUCCGGCCACUCGCACCAUGCUGCGGCGGUGGAUUGGCAAGGGGCUGAGCGUGCCUGCAGGACCCCACCAUGGUGGCCCUGCUCCUGCACCGGCACUGCUAGCAUCUGUGUGGGCCCUGCCAAUGUCCCCUGUGCCUGCAGCCCUCCUCCCGGCACAGCCGCUGGGCCAGUGCCACUGGGACACGCAGAGCAGACCCAGCACACACCAGUGCCAGGGGGCACAGGGCAGGAUGGAGCCAGAGCAGCCACCCCGUGCCCCGUGGUCCCGUGUGCCUGCAGCCCCCAACAGCCUGCCCUGCCCUCCCUGCCCCAUGGGGGGGCCUCCCUGGUUUCUCAGGGGUUGUUUUUCUUCCUACUCCAGCCUCCCAGCGUGCCGGUAGCCACAAGGGCAGGACGUGCUGCCUAUCUGAUAGGAGCAGUCUCUCUUGGCACUGCGGCUGGCGGCGGAGGGGCUGUGGGACGGUGGUUUCAGGCACGGGGAAGUGCCGGCGAUGGGGCGGGGGGAGCCUCCAGCCAGGCUUCCUGAGCUGCACAGCCACCACUUCCCAGAUAAAGGUAUCACCCAGAGGAGCUGCUGCAGCUCCCAGGGCGCUAGGAAGUGCCGGCACAGGGGUUGCAGCAUGGCAGCCUGCCUGCAGCGGGGCUGGCUGCCCUCGCUGCUCCCUGCCAUCCUGCUCAGCCUCCACAGCCCACCAUCAGCCCCCGAGCCAGUGACAUCCCAAGACGCUGCGCUGCUGGCAGGGGUGCCUGAGGACAUCCUCUGCUUCUCCCGCUCCUUUGAGGACCUCACCUGCUUCUGGGAUGAGGAGGAGGAGGCAGCAGCGAGUGGGAUGUGCCAAUUCUCCUACUGGUACAGCAGGGAUGUGCCCACAGUGUGCACAGUCUCCACGUGGCGCCAUGGGACCGGUGGGACGCGGCACGUCUGCGUCUUCCCCAGCCAGGACGUGCAGCUCUUCACCCAGCUCCACCUCCAUGUCCUGGACACCACCACAAACCAGACCAAGUACUGGCGGGAGAUCAGCGUGGACGCGGUGGGUGAGUCCCUCCCAUCAGGCAAUACCCCUGUGGCCCCAGGACAGUCCCUGGACCUGGGUGCCCUGCCCUCCUGCCCACCAUGGGGGCUGGCAGCACUCUGCGCCCUGCAGGACCAGGGGGUGACAAGAUGGGGGCUGCUGCAGGAGGGCAAAGAGCCCGGCACGUUCCCUGCAGGUCUCAUCGACCCCCCGUGGAACAUCACAGCCCACUGGGCUGGGGCUGCGGGGCAGCUCUACGUGUCAUGGCAGCCACCGCUCGCCGACUACCCAAACUUCUUCCUCUACGAGGUGCGGUGCUGCCCUGCCAGCUCCCCAGAGAUGUCCUGCAGCACCACGUUGGACCCCAGCGGGCAGCACCUGGCAGACCCCUCCGCCCACCCAGAAGUCAGCACCCACGCACCCAUGGCUGGGGCAGCCGCAGCCUCCCCAGGAGUGGGGCAGGGGCUCAUCCAGGCCAACACCUGGGUGGUCCUCCAGGACCUGCAGCCAGGGGUGAGGUACCACAUCCAGGUGCGCAGCAAGCCCGACGGCACCUCCAUGGACGGUGUCUGGGGACCCUGGUCGCAGGCAGUGGCUGCGGAGACACCCCGCUCCUCCGGAGACAUCGGGCUGUGCUGCAGCACCCCUGACCUGCAGCACGUGCGCUGCAAGUGGAUCUGGGACCCCACAGAGCCCCACAGCUCCCACCAGCUCUUCUACCGGCCUCCUCUGAGCGGGGCUGGCACAAGGGAAGACGCGUGGCAGCAGUGCGAGGAGGUGAGCGUGGGGGCGCAGGGCACCCACACCUGCACCUUCCAGCCCAGGGCUGGCAGUGCCAUCUCCGUCCUGGUGAACAUCACCCGCCCCCACGCACUGCCCACGCUCAGCUACUUCAAGGAGUCCUUCUGGUUGCACCAGGCUGUGCUCACAGAUGCCCCACAGCUUGUGCAGGCGAUGGUGUCACAGGGACAGCUGAGCCUGGAGUGGCUGCCACCCCUGGAGGCAUUGGCAGAGCAGCUGGACUACCAGGUCCGCUAUGCCGUGGAGAACAGCCAUGACUGGAAGGUCCUGCAGGUUCCACAGGCAUCCAGGAAAGAAGUCCUGGACCUACGGCCAGGUGCCCGCUACCAUGCCCAGGUGCGGGCCCAGCCCAGCGGGCCGUGGUACCGGGGCAGCUGGAGCGCCUGGUCUGAACCUGUCAUGGUUGACGUCACGGACGAUGCGGGCUGGAUCAUCCCGAGUGUUACGGUGGUGCCGCUGCUCUUCACGGGAGUGCUCCUGGGGCUGCGGUGCACCUUCCCCUCCCUCUACAGCAACGUGAAGCAGAAGCUCUGGCCCCCCGUCCCCGACCUGCACCGCGCCCUGGGCAGCUUCCUCCACGAAAGCAGCAAGCACGGCCAGGCCAACAGCUUCUACAAGCAGCCGCCGGAGGAGGAGGCCGUCCUGCCCUGCCUGCUGGAGGUGCUGCCCGGCCCGCGGGGGGAGGCGGGCCCGCCGCCCCCGCCGCCGGAGCCAGCUGCUGGCCGGCUGUCCGGCACCGACAUCGCCAACCAGUCCUACCUGCUCAUGAGCGGCUGGGACCCGCGCGGGCCGCCCUGAGCCGCUCCCCCUCGCCUCCAUGCCCCGAAAUAAACGAAACGCGCAACCACCCGGCUU